GGGAGGAAGGUGCUGCUGUCGUGGACGGCUCCCUGACCGGACGAUAAUAGCCCGAUACGGUAGUAAGCAGUAACUGACCAAUCUCUUCUUGUAGGACAGACUCGAUUAUAGAGAUUGCAAAAUGUCGUACGAUUUUCAACGACACCACAGCUUCUAGAAUCUUCCCGAGAACUACUGCACUCGUGCUACAUAACUCCAAUCUAUACGAUGAGAGCCUGGAACAACAUCAUGACUUUGGAUGAACCAAUGUGGGAGUGGAGAGCUAGAGCCUUGUUUCAGGGUACCGAUUCCAGAACGCUAUUCUUUGCUCUUGCUCUACAGCUGCUUUUAUAUGGAGUGCUAUCAAUCACACACAGUACAUCAAUGUUCAUUGCUUGCUCGCUUAUCGGGACGGUCAUGAUGAUACAUCUCAAAGGAGAUAAUGACGAAGUUAUCAUUCGUGAACACUUCGAUAGUCGUCCCAGCGACGACAACGGAGUCGAAACCUCUUUCUCAGCUCCCAGCAGCCUCACGAAGCCGAGAUAUGAUUCACCACAGCAGAGUCCAAUCAUCACCGUAUCACAACCAAAUGAUGACUACACAGAUUCAGCAUAUGCCAGCCGCAUAGCCACUCCUUCCAUAGAUCUAUACCAACAGAAAGCCGACUUUGCGGACUCUGCGCUUCCGCACCAACGACAAACGCGACCUUGCAAAUCAGAAGAUCUCCCACUUCUCGGCCGUAUUCUAGACCAAAGGAUUCCACUGCACGCCCUCGAACGGCACACGAACGAUUUUUACCGAGCCAUUCGGAUCCGGCGGACCCUCCUCUCGUCCACGAAGAACACAUUCAAAGAUUGUAGCACCUCCCUGAUCAACUCGGCCUUACCGUUCGAAAACUACAACUAUGCACAAGUACAUGGCCGCUGUGCAGAAAACGUGAUUGGAUACAUGCCCAUCCCAGUAGGCAUAGCAGGACCCCUUGUCAUCGACGGGGUAUCCUAUCUCAUUCCCCUCGCAACAACAGAAGGUGCUCUGAUAGCGAGUACAAACCGAGGAGCCAAAGCAUUAAACACCGGCUCUGGCAUCCACACCGAGAUCCUCGAUGAUGGAAUGACUCGAGCGCCAGUACUGACAUUCCCCUCCCUAUCUCACGCAGCAAGUGUAAAACGAUUCCUCGACUCCCGCAAAGGCCAGGAAAUACUAAAAGAAUCCUUUGACGCUACAUCCUCUUACGCUCGGCUCGUAUCCACAACUUCUCGCGUCGUGGGGAGCUCGUUGUACUUGCGCUUCAAAGCUUCCACCGGCAACGCAAUGGGCAUGAAUAUGCUCGGAAAAGGUGUUUCGGCCGCUCUGGCGAGUUUACCCAAUCACUCCCACCUCUGCCCUGCCCUAGACGACAUGACUUCAAAAACGCUAAGCAGCAACCUCUGCACAGACAAGAAACCCUCGGCCAUAAACUGGCUCCUCGGACGAGGGAAAUCCGUCUGUGCAGAAGCCAUCCUCCCUGCUUCUUCAAUCUCUAGCAUUCUCAAGGUCACAGUAAAGGAUUUGGUAGCAUGCAACGUGCGUAAAAAUCUCGUCGGGUCGGCGUUGGCGGGCAUGAGUUCAGGAGGCUAUAAUGCACAAGCUGCAAACCUUGUUGCUGCGCUCUUCACAGCAUUGGGUCAGGAUAUAGCACAAGUGGUUGAAAGCAGUAAUUGCAUGACUUUGAUGGAAGAGUUGGACAAUGGGGAUUUGAAAGUCAGUGUCACCAUGCCGUCGGUUUUGGUGGGGACUGUGGGGGGAGGCACGGGUUUAGAGGCUCAGAGAAGUAUGCUUGGGCUUUUGGGCUUGAGUGGAGAGGCGGAAGAUGGCAAGGAGAUAACGGAGGACGGAGGGGAUGCGAGGAGGCUGGCGACGAUUGUUGCGGGGACUGUGUUGGCUGGAGAAGUGAGUUUGAUGAGUGCAUUGGUGUCGCAGGAUUUGAUGACGAGUCAUUUGGCAUUGAAUAGAAAGUAGAGGAUAGAGUGGCAGGAUGGAGCCAAGCAAAGUUG